CCACAAGUCAGUGUCUCCUCUCAUUUUGGUGUCUCCUGUGUCGACCACUCAGUGACUCGGCAGAGGGCCAAACCCAUUCCCUAUGGAUGCUCUCGGUCAUGACAACAUGAGAGACAGCAGCACCAGCCUCACUCCGGUCUCCUCCAUCACAGGACGAGGUCUCUCGAUUGCCCUCGGGGAUGGUGCUGAGCACACGGCAGGACCUGGCGACAUCUGAGGGAUGGACCAGCAGCUGUGUCUCGCCACUCCGCUCAGCUCUAGUGGUAGUGGUGUUAUUUGCAGGUGUGCCGCCGACUAGAGGGCGAAAGAUUCGUGGAUCUCUCCAUGGAUAGUACCCUUGCAAGACGAUUAUCAGGCAGCUGCGUGAGACGGACGAACAGAGAAACCGUAUGGAAUGGACACGCCUCAGUGCACCCUUUUUUCACCUGAAGAUCCCCUCGGCCACUUGAACCCCUAGACAUGUCCACAGCAUGAUGAUGGCGAAAAGCCACGUCUCGCAGACACUCCGAUGCCACCAGUCGGCAGACUCGGCUUCCAGCGCGUUCGGCCGCGAUAUCCCCGCAAUGAUCCGCAGAAAGGCAUGAAAUGAGUCUCCCAGAUAAUGGGAGACAAUGGCACAGAAGAGCACAACCUGCAUGUAGACACACAGAAGCGGAACAGCCUGGGGUCUCUAUCAUCGUUGGCCUGUUGUUUGAGAGUUCUUACACAUGAGACAGGCAUGCCAACGAACGAAUCGGCCAUGGUGACGCAUUUGUGUCGGUAGUAGGAGCCGUACAGCCCCAGUGUCGCGUUAAAACACCCAAGGGCCUGAUCAUAUUCAUGCAGCAAAACCACCGUCUUCUCUGUCUUCUCUGCCCUCUUAUCGAUAGUUUAGUGACUGUCUCUCACCGCAGGGAGCCACAGAAACGCUGACAGUCGGAGAAACGAGAAGCGGUGCUCCCAGCGCUCAUCGGCUCGCAGAUCAUCAUACCCAGUGAUGCCCCCUGCCACACACAAGCCACGUACAAACGUCAUGAGGGCCCCCAGCCCCAAAUGACUGGAGGUCGUGUCUGUGUGUGACUCACUGUCAAGCAUGUGUUACCGUAUUUUGAAAAGACAACGGCCCCGGCGACUCCCAGGACGCCAAACAACCCCAGCCUCAAACAAUUGAGCACGAACAACGAGCGCAGUGACAGCAGGGCCCUGCGGGUGGGACGGAGGAACGGAGGAAACGACGAGGACAGAAUCAUCGUGCAUGCAUGAGUGUUCUGAGGAGCUGCUUGUGACCCUUCCCGAUGAGCACUGCC